UGCUUUAGAAAGGCUACUGACAGAACGGAAACCCCAGGCAUUCAGCGAAUAUCUUGAGUGCCAUGCAAAAUGGUAUUCGUUCUUGAUUAUGUAUAGAUCUCUAUGCUCAGGUUUCGAAUUUGCUUUCAUCAAACUUUAGCUAUUUUGGUGCGCGGCGGUGAAGUCAGAUAAAGAUGUCGGAAUCGGAAGGCCUGGGAUUUGCUGAACAUGAUGGGGAAAGCUGGACAUUCAACGAAGCUGGUUGGGCUACAGAAAUGCCAGAUGCUCUAGCAGACCCACUUGAUGACACUGCGCAGCCGGACAAUGGACCGCUGUCGUUCGAGAUGAGUGGGGAAGCUGAACUUGAGGAUGAGAUGAAUGACAUCCAAACUUUACUACCGACACAUAAUAACGAUGAGUUCCCAGCAACUGAACCAAGCUGGGAAGCUGAAACUGAUGCAGAAGCUUCAGCCAGCACAGCCCAAACGACCUCACAGCCAAGCGAUGGAACGCAGUCAAAUCAAAGGAAGGCUAAAAAGCGCAAGAAAAAGCCUACUCAGCACCCUGAUGAAAUAGUUUUCCAUAAGGGGAUGACAAUCAAGACCAUCCCAUCUCUGGGGAGGCGAUUGAAGGAUGUGACUGAGUGUGUCGUUGGUCUUCAGUAUGUGUGGGAAUACAGAAGCCCCAGCAAAUCCUUCCCUCCUCACUACGUGUGCAAGCUGUGUGCAUUUGCCCGCUUUCAAAAUGAUAUGAUUCCCCAUCUGAAAGGGUGGAAGCACAUCUACAAAUAUAUGAGAAAGGUCCACCCUGACAAGGUCAACUGUGAGGAAGAACAAGCCAGCAAAGACCCCACUGUCCGACAGGUUUUAAAAACAGCUGCCGCUGAAGUGGAGCAGUCUGAGGGUAGAGGACAAAUCAAGGUUAUCAUGAAAGAGCCCUGUGAUGUUCCUGCGUUUAAAGAACUCCGUGCUGGCAUGAGUAAUAAGCUGGUAACACCACCUCUUCCGCCCGCAAAAGUACCCCAACAUGGUCCCUGGUUCCCUAAGUCAAAUGAUGGCCCCUUCAGAGAUUUUGGAGGUUAUCCGCAACGGUCAGGUUUCUCUCGUCAUGGUGGUUAUGGUUACUCUGAUGAAUACCAUAUGGGAAAUCCGCACGAUCCCAAUAUUUUGCUGAGUUACUUGGACACCUUCCGGAUAGAGAACGAGGGGGAUGCCCAAAUAGUCCUGAAAGUCACACAGAAGCUAACAGACAUGCUAAUGGAGUACAGGCUUAGGAACAUGCCAAGGGAUCAGAACCAUUCAAUGAACUCUGGAGGAGGCUACUACUCGUCGAGAGUUAACACCAACAAAUAUACUGGUCCUUUAGCAAGUCAUGGAGGUCAGCAACGGUACUAGAAGUGACAGUGACAUGCUCUUUGUUGUGUACCAGGUCAUACUUGUAAAGUUUUUGUGAAUUAUGUUCAAGAAGUUUUUUUAUUAAUAUCAUGUAUAAAUAACCUUUAUUAUUUGACUUCUAAAUCUGCAAGGAACAAUGACCUUAGUCUUGCCAUCGCCACAAGUCUUUUCCUGAUUGUUUCCUGUGGUAGGAAUAUGUCACAUCACAACCAUUUGAUUUGAACAUAUGAUUGUCAAUAAAUUUUCCCACGUUUCCUUCUGUUCCUUGGAACUUUAAUAUAUUACAUGUUAAUAUCUUGUGUAUUUACAUAACACACUUUGCAAUAACGCAUUCAAACACUUGGCUCAUGUCCAAUCUUAUUGAUGGCCAUACAUCCCAUAUCUUGGAGACAAUUUAAACUUCAAAUUAAAUGGAACAACAAAAAAAAAAAACUAACAUUCAAUAGUCACAAAUGACUAUCACUUGGACACAAUCCGAUGAAAAACCGUUCAGAUCAACAAAUAACCAAAACAAAUUUAUGAAAUCA